ACGACUGCGUGUUUCCUUUGCCAUUCGUGUUCAGAUUCAGAAAUAGCGUUGGUUUGAGCUGAGGAAUUCUGUAUGGCUAACACAAAAGCGCCCGGGUUUGGAUCAGUGUGCCACGGGGAUGCGCGCGGGCAAGCCAGCAUCCGGCGCGGCGCUCGCUGGACCGCGCGGGUCCUGCCACGGGUUCGACGGCCGAGCGGCGACGAGUCCUCCGAGUACCGCCGCGGGGUCCUUCGGUCCUUCGUCGCUGGGGGGGAAGUCUGCAGUCUGCGUCCUACCGCCUCGCUGCUAAGGCCCGAGUUCCCACAGCAAUCAAGAAGUGUUGCAAGAUGAGUUCUGAUGAGAUGUUCUUCACCUGUUCCUGUGCCUGUGACUUCUCAUCCUUCUGUCAACACUGUCGAGAAGAGGAAGCGAUCUCUACGGCAUGGUGUACGAAAGAAUUUUAAGUUCUAGGAACCCAUAUAUAUCAGAAGAAUUUUUGGUGACACUUUUCUGUUUCUCAGACAACCCAACAUUUUGUGACAGUAGAUAAAAACAGCUGAAGAUAAUUGUAUUGAUGAAUGGAAAACAUUAUGUGUAAAAUA